AUGGAUUUCACGCAAGAGGAGCUCACAAUACGCCGACAGCGGAUGUAUGAGCGUUGCCGGGAUGAACUAUUGGCCAACUACGUCGAAAACUACCGGGGGGUCGCAGGGAAUGCUAAAAAGGACGACGUCAACUUUAGCCAAACGUCUUCUUCAACGUCGAGGAACGCGUCGUUAUCGUGGGAGGGUGGAAUGCAGGCCCAGCUCCAUGCGAUAUCGCGCACCGGACUCUCGAAGGAGGUGCUUUACAUCGUGGGGAGUGAAUAUCGUCGUGUGGUGAAGUAUUUUGAUGCACAAUACACCCCUCACGGCCUUCCGUCCUCCCAUAAUGAGGGCAAACGAUUAUUUCUACCGCUUAUUGUGUUUUCACGUCUGCGGGACUACUUCGGAGAAGUCUGCCCGCAUCGUUGGAGAAAUAAAUAUAUGAAGUUGCGGUACUUCAUCAAGAUUCGCGGCUCUACGUUUAAGAAUAGCGAAUUCAUGAUCAACUUAGCAUGGUAUUUUGGCGUUGACGAGCUCGAGCGAACGGCGCGCGUGAUUGCGUUUUCGAUCUUGUUCGAUCCCCUUGUGAGUGCGGAAGAGGUAUCCCAACGUCGGGAGGCUUUAUUAGCGCUAUCGGAGCUUUUUAGAUCGUAUGGGCAGCCCUACAAAGGUGCUGAUUCCUCGACCAUCAACCAGCUGAUCAACUCACUCAGGGAAUAUCAGCAACAGCAGGAGAAAAAAUCGUAUUGA